UGGGAGAAUACCUUCACACUUUCUUUGAGUAGAAUUUUACUAGUUCUCUUCUUAAAUCCUUAUAAUGAAUCAUUGAAGCUUUUGUUGGAAGUGGAAACAAUCAAAUUCGAACUUUGGUUACUAAUCUAUUUUCUCAAAUGGAUUCUAUACAUGGGGGCAUCAAAUUCAGGGAAACCCCAAAAUUAAUAGAAAAGUCAAUCUUGAGCCAAAUCCUUUUUUUCAAAGUGUCUGUGCAAAGGCUCAAGAGAAGUUGUUCUAGCCGAUCGAGUUGACUGCAUGUUCUUAUUCCUCCCUAAUAUGUAAACAAUACAAUUGCAUAAGGGACUUUAUUUGUCAAGGACGGAAGUUCUCAUCAUCUAAAUCUUCUUCUCCAGCGGUCAACGGUGGUCUGUGAAAAACGGGGUUUCUAUUCUCGUGCGCAGGCGGCACUCCAGGCUUCUAGCAACAAUUUUUGGCAAACACCUACAUGUCUGGCAACUCCACGGCGGUGAAAAACAUCCGGAUAACUGCCUCUUUCUCCUUUCCUCCCUCUCUAGGCUCUUCUUCCUUGCCGCGUCGGCGGUUUUACACCCUCGGAUGUGCAACCUUUCAGGGAUCAAGGUUUAAUUUGCCGGCAUGCCAUAAUACAGAAUUAUACUCCGUAGAUUUUACUAGCACUCCCCCAUCCCGGAAAGGUUCGCCAAAUUGACUUUUCUUGAUCAACUCCGUAGAACCUUUUCGGGACAUAUAGGACGGUUAUGUGGCACAACCGCACAAUAAUAUAAUUUGAUUGACUUACAAAACCUGGGUCCUCUUAAAUUAAGAAAGUUAAUUAGGUCAAAGAGAAUAUGGAGACCAAAUCAUCAAGAAAUGGCACAUCCGCCCUCCAAGUGGACCCAUCUUCUCCGCCGUCGCCGGAGCAUACUCCGAUGUGGAAGCUCGUCCUGGUGGCGUCGAUAGCCGCCGGAAUCCAAUUCGGGUGGGCCCUCCAGCUAUCCCUCCUCACACCUUACAUCCAGCUUCUUGGUAUCCCUCAUAAAUACUCCUCCUUCAUUUGGCUUUGUGGGCCCAUUUCCGGGUUGAUCGUUCAGCCACUGGCCGGGUACUACAGCGACAAUUGCACCAGCCGGUUUGGCCGCCGACGGCCAUUUAUCGCCGGAGGGUCUUUUCUUGUAAUCUCCGCCGUCAUCCUCAUUGGGUUCGCGGCUGAUAUUGGCCACGCUGCCGGUGACCCCCUUGGCAAAAUCUUUAAACCCCGCGCCAUUGCCAUUUUCAUCUUCGGCUUUUGGAUCCUCGACGUUGCCAACAACAUGUUACAGGGUCCGUGUAGAGCAUUGCUGGCCGAUCUCUCGGACGGGAGUGCGGCAAAAACAAGACUGGCGAACACCCUCUUCUCCUUCUUCAUGGCCAUCGGAAACGUCCUCGGUUACGCCGCCGGCGCCUACCCCCGCCUCUACAAGAUCUUUCCCUUCUCCUUCACCACCGCAUGCGACGCCUACUGCGCCAACCUCAAGAGCUGCUUCAUCAUUUCCGUUCUUCUCCUGCUCACCGUCUCCAUCCUGGCCUUGACCUGCGUCAAAGAGAAGCAGUACGUAAAGAGCAACAAUGGCGGCGCCGCCGAAGUGGCAUUCUUUGGGCAGAUAUUUACAGCUGUGAGGAGUCUUCCUAGGCCUAUGCUUAUUCUCCUCCUCGUCACUGCUCUAAACUGGCUUGCAUGGUUCCCUUUCAUCCUGUACGACACGGACUGGAUGGGCCGGGACGUGUACGGCGGGCACGUCGACGACAACGGGCUUUACGAUAACGGCGUGCGUGCCGGCGCGUUGGGGCUCAUGCUCCAGUCCGUGGUGUUGGGGGUUAUGUCCAUUGGGGUGGAGCUCCUGGCCCGCCGCAUCGGUGAUGUGAAGAAGCUUUGGGGCGGGGUUAACUUCAUUUUGGCCAUUGGUUUGGCCAUGACGGUGGCUGUUACGAAAGCGGCGGAGCACUCGAGGAGGCACGACGCUAGCGGCAAUAUUCUUCCGCCCGACGCCGGCGUUAAGGCCGGAUCUUUGACCAUCUUCUGCGUUCUUGGUAUACCUCUUGCGGUGACUUAUAGCAUCCCAUUUGCUCUAGCGUGCAUCUUUUCAAGUGAUGACGAAAAUGCUGGUCCUGGGCACGUUGGCCUCUCUUUGGGAGUUCUCAACCUUUCAAUCGUUAUGCCACAGAUGUUCGUAUCAUUCUUAAGUGGGCCUUGGGACUCGGUGUUUGGAGGAGGCAACUUGCCGGCGUUUUUAGUGGGAGCGGUGUCAGCGGCGGCGAGUGGAAUAUUAGUUAUAACUCUUCUACCAAAACCACGAACGGAUGCAACCGUUCCGAUUGUACCGUAGCAUGGGGAUGUACGGCGGCUAUCUGGCCGGCCGGCCGCCACAUGCGACUGUGUGAAUAUGUACUAUUUGUGUUGUAUAUAUGAUGAUAAUGUAGAGGAGGAUAGCAAAUAUGGGUCAUGCUUAAUCGAAUUUGGAAGGAUGGAUGCUAAAGUUCAAAUAUAUUUGGUUGGGAUAAUACUAUUGUG